AUGGCGGCAUUACAAUCAACAGACUCCUCCUCAACUUUGGAGGGAGCAGCUACGGAUGUGGAUAAAGAGCAUGUUCCUGAGCUUGAGCCCAUCCGCCGAGCUUCCAGAUCUCACAAGGAGGUCUUCGAUCCCAACCUCGACAUCAACCUCCCCUAUCGCACCCUUAGCCGCGAUGCAAACUUUGACGAAUACCGCGUGGAAUCCCACACGGGCACCAUCCCGGGCCCGGUUGAGCACCCAACUGUUACUGGUUCAGGAGGCGAAAAGCGUUACCAGCUGGUAACGUUUACCCCUGACGAUCCCGAGAACCCCAAGAACUGGUCCAAGGCAUACAAGUGGUACUGCACCAUGGUUGUUGCUCUUACAUGCUUUGUUGUGGCAUUUUGCUCGGCUGUCAUCACUGCGGAUCUCAUCGGACCAGCCAAGGAAUUUCAUGUCAGCAUGGAGGUUUCUGAUAUCGCGGUUUCGGUAUUUGUCAUUGGCUUUGGUGUUGGGCCCAUGGCCUUUGCGCCACUGUCUGAGGUAUUUGGACGACGAGUCAUUUACGGAUCGACACUCUUCCUUGCCGUCAUUUUCAUCAUUCCCUGCGCCGUCUCAAAGAACAUUGGAACCUUGAUCGUCUGCCGAGCCAUCGAUGGCAUUGCUUUUUCGGCCCCAAUGACCCUGGUCGGCGGCACGCUUGCGGAUCUGUGGAGGAACGAGGAGCGUGGUGUUCCCAUGGCUGCCUUUUCUGCCGCUCCUUUUAUUGGACCUGCUAUUGGUCCUCUUGUUGGUGGCUUCCUUUCUGAUGCUGCUGGCUGGCGCUGGCUUUACUAUAUUCAAAUCAUCCUUGCUGGCGUUGUCUGGAUUCUCAUCACAUUCACCGUCCCCGAAACAUACGCGCCUACGAUUCUUGCUCGCCGUGCCAAGAAGCUUCGCCAGAGCACUGGUGAUGAGACCUACGUUACUGAACAAGACAUUGAUGAGAGGUCCAUGGGCGAGCGACUCACUGUUUUCAUGGUUCGACCCUUCCAGCUGCUCUUCCAGGAGCUCAUCGUCCUGCUUAUUUCGCUGUACAUGAGCGUUCUCUACGGUUUACUUUACAUGUUCUUCAUUGCUUUCCCAAUUGUCUUCCAGGAGGGCAAAGGCUGGAAUGCCGGUAGCACUGGUUUGAUGUUCAUCCCCAUGGCUGUCGGUGUCCUUUGCUCUGCGGCCUGCUCUCCACUUGUCAAUAAGCACUACCUCAAGAUGGUUCACAAGUAUAACGGAAAGCCACCUGCAGAGGUUCGCUUGAUUCCCAUGAUGGUCUCUUGCUGGUGCAUUCCCAUUGGAUUGUUCAUCUUCGCAUGGACCUCGUACAAGGACCUCGUCUGGGUCGGUCCCGCUCUGGGCGGCUUCCCCGUUGGCUUCGGCUUCAUCUUCCUUUACAACUCUGCAAACAAUUAUCUGGUCGAUUCCUACCAGCACCAAGCCGCUUCUGCCCUUGCCGCCAAAACAUGUAUCCGAAGCUUCUGGGGAGCUGGUGUAGUCUUGUUCACUGAGCAGAUGUACAACCGACUCGGCGACCAGUGGGCCUCUUCGCUUUUGGCAUUCAUUAGUUUGGCUUGUUGCGCGAUUCCCUACUGCUUCUGGAUUUGGGGCGCUAGAAUCCGUGCUCGCAGCAAGUAUGCCUAUGGCGGUGAUGACGAGGCGGAAACAAGCGCGAAUCCCGAUGACCUCGAAAAGGCCCAGAGAGUUCCCACCAAUGGUACCGCUGUUCGAGACAAUUCAGACACUGAUCUUGACCUGAGGAGGGCGAGAAGCUACGUCAGCAACCCAUAA